AUUAUUAAUAUGAUUAUAGAAUCAAAUGUGCCUUAAAAGAUUAUAGAUUUAUACAAACCUUACAAAAAAUAGUUUGAAAGUGUUAAACAUGUUCUACAAGGUCAUACAUUUUAUUUAGAUUAAAGAUAUAUGCCUAUUGAUAUAAGUGAUUAUUUGUUUAUAAAAUCAGUUGGUUAAGGUGCUUAUGGUUGUGUAAUACAAGCAAUUGACAAAUUAACAAAUAAGCCAGUUGCAAUAAAAAAGAUAGAAAGAACAUUCAAUCAUCGUUUGUUUGCAAAGAGAACUUUAAGGGAAUUGAAAAUAUUAAGAUUAAUAAGGCAUGAUAAUGUAUAAAAGAUAAUUCUAUAAAAAAGGUUGUAGACUUAAAAUAAGUCUUAUUACCUCCAAGUCGUGAAGAAUUUGAAGAUGUUUAUAUGGUGAUGGAUUUAUUAGAAGCAGAUUUAUCAUAAGUUAUAAAAAGUGAUUCUGUAUUAAACGAUGAUCAUAUGCGACUAUUUAUUUAUUAAGUGUUGAGAGGUUUAAAAUAUUUACAUUCAGCUGGCAUUUUACACAGAGAUUUAGUGAGAAUAAUAUUUAUUUAUUUUAGAAACCAAGAAAUUUAUUAUUAAAUAGAAGUUGUGAUGUGAAGAUAUGCGAUUUUGGUUUAGGUAGAGCAAUAGCAGAAAAAAUUUAAAAUAAUAUAAUGAUGACAUAUUAUGUUGAAACUAGAUGGUAUAGAGCUCCAGAAUUAUUAAUUGGGUAUCAGAAUUACAAUUCAGCUGGUAAUUAUAUGAUUCUUAAAUUUCAGUGGAUAUAUGGUCUGUUGGUUGUAUAUUAGCUGAAAUGAUCCUUAGAAGACCUUUUUUAAGAGGGGAUUCUACUAAACAUUAGAUCAAAGUGAUUUUUGAAUUAUUAGGAACUCCUAAUGAACAAUAUAUUCAAUCUUUUCCAGAUUUGAAAGUAUAAUAAAAUUUAAGAAAAAUCAUUCAAGAAUAUGGUCAUCAAAACGGUAUAGGAUUAAAUUAAAUUUUUGGACACAUAAAUUAAGAUCGUAUAAUAACAUUGUAUACAUAUAUAGUUCUGGAUUUAUUGAAAAGUCUAUUAAAAUUUGAUCAUCGAGAUCGUUUAACAGCUUCUUAAGCUUUAAAACAUUCCUAUCUAUAAGUUUUACAUAGUGAAGAAGACGAAGUAAAUGAGUAAUCCAUAUUUUAUUUUAGCCAAUAUCUUUCCCUGUAAAUCCUUUGGAAUUCGAAUUUGAAAAAUAUGAAUUGACUAAAGAAUAAUUGAAAGGUAGAUAAUUUCUAUAUUAACUAUUUAUAGAUAUGCUUUAUGAAGAGAUUUUACUUUAUCAUUUUUCAGAAUUUAGAAAUUAGUAUUUCUAAAAACUAUAAACUGGAUAAUCAUUAAUUAGCCAUAUAAUUAAUAAUGAUAAUGCUCGAAUAAUUGAUCCAAAUGCUGAUGAUGAUUUUGAAUAAUGACC